GCGAGGGCGAGCUGCUGCUGGAGGUGCAGGGGGUGCGCGUGUCCGGCUUGCCCCGCUACGACGUGCAAGGCGUCAUCGACAGCUGCGGAGAGGCCGUCACCUUCAGAGCCGUCCGACAAGGCGGAAAGCUCAACAAGGACCUGCGGCAUUUUCUUAGUCAACGAUUUCAGAAAGGGUCUCCUGAUCAUGAACUCCAGCAGACCAUAAGGGACAACCUUUACCGCCAUGCUGUGCCUUGCACAACCCGAUCUCCCAGAGAAGGAGAAGUGCCUGGGGUGGAUUACAAUUUUCUGACUGUGAAGGAAUUCUUGGACCUGGAGCAGAGUGGGACUCUUCUGGAAGUUGGUACCUAUGAAGGAAACUAUUAUGGGACACCCAAACCUCCCAGCCAGCCAGUCAGUGGGAAAGUGAUCUCAACGGAUGCCUUGCACAGUCUGCAGUCCGGCUCCAAGCAGUCGACCCCGAAGCGAACCAAGUCCUACAAUGAUAUGCAAAAUGCUGGCAUAGCCCAUGCGGAGAACGAGGAGGAGGAGGAUGUUCCUGAAAUGAACAGCAGCUUCACAGCCGAUUCUGGUGACCAGGACGAGCACACUCUCCAGGAAGCAGCACUCUCAUCUGUGAAUAGUAGCAUCGCUGCUGCUCCCAUCACGGACCCUUCUCAGAAGUUCCCUCAGUACCUACCUCUUUCUGCGGAGGAUAAUUUAGGUCCUCUACCUGAAAACUGGGAGAUGGCCUAUACGGAAAAUGGAGAAGUCUACUUUAUAGACCAUAACACGAAAACAACAUCCUGGCUAGACCCUCGGUGCCUGAACAAGCAGCAGAAGCCUCUGGAAGAGUGUGAGGAUGACGAAGGGGUCCACACCGAGGAGCUGGACAGUGAACUAGAACUGCCGGCUGGUUGGGAAAAGAUUGAAGACCCUGUCUAUGGUAUCUACUAUGUAGACCACAUCAACAGGAAAACACAGUAUGAGAACCCAGUUCUUGAAGCCAAACGAAAGAAGCAGCUUGAGCAGCAGCAGCAGCAGCAACAGCAGCAGCAGCAGCAACAGCAGCAGCAGCCACCACCACCACCAGAAGAAUGGACGGAAGAGCAUUCAUCCCUUGUGCCUCCUGUUACUCCAACCCACCCCCCGAGCAAUCCGGAGCCGGCCAGAGAUGCUCCGCUUCAGGGCAAACCCUUUUUUACGAGAAACCCUUCUGAACUGAAAGGCAAGUUCAUUCACACAAAGCUGCGGAAAAGCAGUCGUGGCUUUGGCUUCACAGUGGUUGGUGGGGACGAACCUGAUGAGUUCCUCCAGAUCAAGAGCUUGGUUUUAGACGGUCCUGCUGCACUGGACGGCAAGAUGGAAACAGGGGAUGUAAUUGUCAGCGUGAAUGACACCUGUGUUUUAGGACACACACACGCCCAAGUUGUGAAAAUCUUCCAGUCCAUUCCCAUCGGUGCCAGCGUAGACCUUGAGCUCUGCCGAGGUUACCCAUUGCCUUUUGACCCAGAUGACCCCAACACAAGUUUAGUGACCUCGGUAGCCAUCUUGGACAAAGAACCAAUUAUUGUGAAUGGACAAGAGACCUAUGAUUCUCCGGCAAGCCACAGUAGUAAAACAGGCAAAGUCAGCAGCCUGAAGGAUGCCAGGCCCAGCAGCCCUGCAGAUGUGGCUUCCAACAGUCCCCACGGUUACCCCAAUGACACUGUCUCCCUGGCUUCCUCAAUAGCCACUCAGCCGGAACUCAUCACUGUUCACAUAGUCAAAGGGCCGAUGGGCUUUGGCUUCACCAUCGCGGACAGUCCUGGUGGUGGUGGCCAGAGGGUGAAGCAGAUCGUCGACAGUCCCAGGUGCCGAGGCCUGAAGGAGGGGGACCUCAUCGUGGAGGUUAACAAGAAGAGUGUGCAGGCUCUUGCUCACAACCAGGUCGUGGACCUGCUGAUCCAGUGUCCGAAGGGAAGCGAGGUCACACUGCUGGUGCAGCGAGGAGGGCUUCCUGUUCCCAAGAAGAGCCCCAAGUCGCAACCACUGGAGAGGAAAGACAGCCAGACUAGCUCUCAGCACAGUGUUUCCAGCCACCGGAAUCUGCACACAGCAUCCCCGAGCCACGGCACGCAGGUGCUCCCCGAAUACCCACCUGCAGAGGCCCCUGCAGCCGAUCAGACCGACAACUCUGGGCAGAAAAAACCGGAUCCUUUUAAAAUCUGGGCCCAGUCUAGGAGCAUGUAUGAGAACCGACCUAUGUCACCUUCGCCUGCAUCGGGAUUGAGCAAGGGUGAAAGAGAGAGAGAAAUCAGCUCCACGAAUUUUGGAGAAUGUUCGAUUCCGGAUUACCAAGAACAGGACAUCUUCCUCUGGAGGAAAGAAACUGGAUUUGGAUUUAGAAUUCUAGGUGGAAACGAGCCAGGGGAGCCUAUUUAUAUUGGUCACAUCGUACCCCUGGGUGCUGCUGAUACGGAUGGCCGCCUGCGGUCCGGUGAUGAAUUGAUCUGUGUGGAUGGCACACCAGUAAUUGGGAAAUCACACCAGCUCGUGGUCCAGCUUAUGCAACAAGCAGCCAAGCAAGGCCACGUCAACCUCACAGUGCGGCGGAAAGUGGUGUUUGCCGCGCCCAAGCCCGUGGAGCCCGAAGUGCCGUCGCCCGCGUCCUCGCAUCACAGCGGCACACAGCCGGCCUCGCUGGCCGAAGGGACCUUUUCAACCCCUUUUCUCCUCCCUUCACUGUGUUCAUCCAUAACUUUUAAAAAAUUAAAACUCAAUACCAAAGCAGGCAAUGCAUGUGUGGCUAUGCCUCACAAAAUAGGUCGGAUUAUUGAGGGGAGCCCCGCUGACCGCUGUGGCAAGCUGAAAGUAGGAGACCGGAUCCUGGCAGUGAAUGGGUGCUCCAUCACCAACAAGUCCCAUUCGGACAUUGUCAACCUAAUCAAGGAAGCAGGGAGCACGGUCACUCUGCGCAUCACGCCUGGGGACGAGUCCUCCAAUGCCACCUUGCUAACCAAUGCAGAGAAGAUCGCCACGAUCACCACCACACACAGCCCUGCGCAGCAAGGGCCCCAGGAGACAAGGAACACCACCAAACCAAAGCCAGAGUCUCAGUUUGAGUUCAAAGCACCCCAGGCCACACAGGAGCAAGAUUUUUACACUGUGGAGCUGGAGAGAGGAGCCAAGGGAUUUGGCUUUAGUCUUCGAGGAGGCCGAGAGUAUAACAUGGACCUCUAUGUUUUGCGUUUGGCAGAGGACGGGCCUGCAGAAAGAUGUGGAAAGAUGAGGAUUGGUGAUGAAAUUCUAGAGAUCAAUGGUGAGACCACCAAAAACAUGAAGCAUUCCCGGGCCAUAGAACUGAUUAAGAAUGGUGGCCGCAGAGUUCGUCUGUUUCUGAGGCGGGGAGAUGGCUCGGUCCCAGAAUAUGGUGGGUCAAACUAUGAAAACAUUCCUUCCUUCCCUGGCAUGACUCCAUGAAUUUGUCUCCAGAACGGCAGCAGAAAAGUCCUUUUUGUUUCCCCUAAUCACCAGUGUCUUACCAGCCUCGCACACACCAUGUGAUUAUUUGCCUCGCUUGUUCUGAAAUCUCUACACAUUUCAUCCUUUUGCUUGCUUACGUGGACUUGGGGAUGGCCUGACAGCCUCUUUCUGGUAAUCAGAGAGAAGGAGUUGUCCAGUCCGACCGAGAGCGGAGGGAUGUUUGAACUGUGCCAAACUGUUUCUCAGAUCAAUUGUUAGCACAAAAUGACUAUAUACCCCUUUGAAGAAGCAGGAAAGCAGGUUUCCUGAGUGAUACGUUGAGGCACAAUUUAUUUUUUCUUUUUCGGUUACUCGAUAUCUUUAUUUAAGAGGCGUGAAAUCUCAAGAUGGUUUGGGGGCUUGCUCACCCCUUAUGUGCUGGAUACAGUGAUUCUUCACCCCCUACUGGCCUCUUGCCCCAUCAGACCACCUAAGCCCACCACUAACAAACAACAAACAGAAACUGUUGCUAUAUUAGCCAUACAGAUUCCCAGUGCUCACCAUGAGGGAAACAUGUUACUAUACCUUUCCUGUGAGGAAAGCCAGGUUAUACGUAGAGUUCCUUUAUCAUGUCUUUAGAUGCUUUGAGUAGACAGAAAUGAUCUUUACAUAGCUUAGUGUUCUGAUGGAAAUGAUGAUGUAUAUUGUAAUAAUUCUGACCUAUUAAGAUUGUUUAAAAUUUUAAAAAUAAAAAUGAAGACACUAUGCCCUAGAUAUAGGGCUUUUUCCCCCAACCAAAGGUCUACAAAAGUUUCUAUAGAAACUGUGAUUGAAUGGCCCCAAUAUACAUCGGUCCCCUUUAUUAGGGAUUUAUCUGCUAUCACCCUCUUUUCUGAAAGUCACUGCACAGUCCCAGCUGCAUUUUAGACUUGAUGAGGUGUGUGAUGCAGCUGCAGCUCCUUUGAAAGGCAGCCUUCCAGGGUUAGACUUGGGUGCAGUGCUCAGGAUGAGGGUCCAGGGUAAGGGGCGAGGGUCUCAGAUAAGAUGCUACAGAUGUGGCCAACCCAGAAAUGAAAGCCACAGCACGAGGCUGCCCCGCUGCACGCUGCUCAGCUCUGACCGUGGUCACCGGUGCCACUGAAAGUGUAACGAUGUCUGCCUGUGCUUGUCGGACGUGGUAUUCUAUUUGAGAGUCUUCGUCAGUAACCUGUGUACUUCUCCAAACCUGUGUCUGUUGCACUGAGGAUGAAAAUCCAACACUAACAAAUGUUCUUUGGGCUAAAAAUAAAGAUCAUUCACACGUUUUUCCAAGAAGGGUUGGAUGUGCCAGGGUUGCUCUGCUGUAAUGUUUCAUGUGUCCUUUGGACUAAAUCUCUCUAAUUCUAUUGAUUAGAGUCACAAAUGGGUUACAAUAUGUUAAGUUCCAAUAUUUUUCUGACUUGACUGGAACCUGCUUCUCUGUGAGGCUAUUUUUGUAAUAGUUUUUGUACUUAGUUUAACUGCGGUGGUGGGGAGUGGGUGCUGGGAGGGGACUUUGUUCUUUGUGUUUAUUGUCAAUGCUCUCCUAUGCCAGCCUGUCAUUGUUCCAGUUGUUUAAAAAAAACACACACACAAAA